CGCAUAUUCUUAUGCCUACUUUUCAUCUUCGAUGAGUGAUAGACCCUACUUCAAUUCAGCCUUUGAUAAUAAACGGAUCGAUUUGGUUAAGAAAUUGGUUCUCCCACGCUCGCUCGCAAACGAAGCAACACUUGACUGAAAAAUCAUGAUCAACGAAGUACCGGAAUACGCUGCAUCCCCGCCCAAACCUCCGGCCCAUACGACAGUGAUCGUCCGUCAAGCAUCGCCUAUGCCCGAUCAGCAUUUAAUCCUGGCUAUCUUCGUUACUAUUUUCUGCUGUUUGCCCUUUGGACUUGUCGCAGUUAUCAAAGCAAGUAACGUGAAGAGUCGUUAUAGUGCGGGCGAUGAGGCUGGUGCUGAAGCAGCCUCUCGCGGUGCUAAGAAAUGGGCUACCCUCGCCCUCGUCACCGGCCUCAUCGUCAACAUCCUGGUCAUCAUCGCCAUCCUCGUCUACUAUUUCUUAUUCAUCAAGGCUGUCACCGAAGCCUUCUCGUUCGACGACUGACCGGAAAUUAGAGAGAAGUAGGGUGUAUUCACCUGCAUAAGGCUGCAAUGACUGACAAAACCACAGUAGAAGAAAGACUCAUAAUAGAUAUUUUCAAUUUUCAAGAAAGAAUGAUUUUAUUAACAACGCAGAAGAAAAUCGUCUACGAUGAUAACGCAAAUACCGUCGAUCAUUGCGACUAGAAACAUUUAUGUCAAAUGACUGACAACAUCUCAAUUAGGCCUGAACAAAAAGAAGAUGUUGUAUUGCCCUUUAUGUACUUAGGUGCCAAAACAUAGGUCGGU